CCAGAAUGGUCCGUCCCAAGCACCAGCCCGGCGGGCUAUGCCUCCUGCUGCUGCUGCUCUGCCAGUUCAUGGAGGACCGCAGCGCCCAGGCUGGGAAUUGCUGGCUCCGCCAAGCAAAAAACGGCCGCUGCCAGGUCCUGUAUAAAACCGAACUGAGCAAGGAGGAGUGCUGCAGCACCGGCCGCCUGAGCACCUCCUGGGAGGAGGACGUAAAUGACAACACACUUUUCAAGUGGAUGAUUUUCAAUGGAGGUGCCCCCAACUGCAUCCCAUGUAAAGAAACGUGCGAGAACGUGGACUGUGGGCCCGGGAAAAAAUGCCGAAUGAACAAGAAGAACAAACCCCGCUGCGUCUGCGCCCCGGAUUGUUCUAACAUCACCUGGAAAGGCCCAGUCUGUGGGCUGGAUGGGAAAACCUACCGCAACGAAUGUGCUCUCCUCAAGGCCAGAUGUAAAGAGCAGCCGGAACUGGAAGUCCAGUACCAAGGCAAAUGUAAAAAGACCUGUCGGGAUGUUUUCUGUCCAGGCAGCUCCACAUGUGUGGUGGACCAGACUAAUAAUGCCUACUGUGUGACAUGUAACCGCAUUUGCCCAGAGCCCACCUCCUCAGAACAGUAUCUCUGUGGGAAUGAUGGAGUGACCUACUCCAGUGCCUGUCACCUGAGAAAGGCUACCUGCCUACUGGGCAGAUCUAUUGGAUUGGCCUAUGAGGGAAAGUGUAUCAAAGCAAAGUCCUGUGAAGACAUCCAGUGCACUGGUGGAAAAAAGUGCUUAUGGGAUUUCAAGGUUGGCAGAGGCCGCUGUUCCCUCUGCGAUGAGCUGUGCCCUGAGAGUAAGUCUGAGGAGCCUGUCUGUGCCAGUGACAAUGCCACCUACGCCAGUGAGUGUGCCAUGAAGGAAGCGGCCUGUUCCUCAGGUGUGCUGCUGGAAGUAAAGCACUCUGGAUCUUGCAACUCCAUUUCAGAAGACACCGAGGAGGAGGAGGAAGAUGAAGACCAGGACUACAGCUUUCCUAUAUCUUCUAUUCUAGAGUGGUAA